UGAACCUGCUGGAUUCUCGCUCUGUGAUGGGAGACCUCGGAUGGGUGGCCUAUCCUAAGAAUGGGUGGGAGGAGAUCGGGGAGGUAGACGAGGACUACGCUCCAAUCCACACUUACCAAGUGUGCCGCGUCAUGGAGCAGAACCAGAACAACUGGCUCCACACCAACUGGAUCCUGACUGAGGGAGCCCAGCGGGUCUUCAUCGAGCUCAAGUUCACCCUAAGAGACUGCAAUAGCCUGCCUGGGGGAGUCGGGACCUGCAAGGAGACGUUUAACAUGUAUUACUACGAAACUAACGGGGACGACGACGAAAUGGAGGAAGGAGAGAUGAGAGAUGGAACGGGGAUGACGGAGGAAGAAGACAGGGCAAUGAAGGAGAGCAGAUACAUCAAAAUCGACACCAUAGCAGCUGAUGAGAGCUUCACCGAGCUGGAUCUGGGGGACCGCGUGAUGAAGCUCAACACUGAAGUCCGCGAUUUAGGUCCCUUGACCCGGAAGGGCUUCUACCUGGCAUUCCAGGAUUUGGGGGCCUGUAUUGCUUUAGUUUCAGUGCGUGUUUUCUACAAACGCUGCCCGUUUCUGGUCAAGAGUUUGGCCGAGUUCGCCGACACCAUCCCGGGCUCAGAGGCCUCGCAGCUGGUGGAGGUAGUGGGCCGCUGCGUCAAUAACUCCCUGCCUCUGUAUGAGCCUCCCAGGAUGCAUUGCAGCACGGAGGGAGAAUGGCUGGUGCCCAUUGGCAAGUGUGUGUGCCAGACAGGAUUUGAGGAAAUCAACGGAUCCUGUCAAGUCUGCAGAGUGGGGUUUUACCGUUCGCUGCUGGAGUCUUUGGCCUGCAGUAAAUGUCCACCCCACAGUGUGGCCAGGCAGACAGGAGCCACUGCUUGCAGCUGUGAAGAUGGAUACUAUAAGAUUGACUCUGACCCUCCCAAUAUGGCCUGCACACGCCCUCCUUCUGCUCCACGUAAUGCCAUUUCCAAUGUCAACGAGACUAGCGUUUUUCUGGAGUGGUCUGUCCCCAUGGAAACAGGUGGCAGGAAGGAUGUGCGCUACAACAUCCUGUGCAGACAGGUCUUGCCAGAUGGAAGGGGCUUGGAAGAAUGCGGCCCCAACGUACGUUUUUUGCCACGCCGCAUCGGCGUGUCAAACACCUCUGUGAUGGUGGCCGACCUGCAGUCACACACCAACUACAGCUUUCUGCUGGAGGCUGUCAACGGGGUGUCAGAGCUGGCCAAAGACCACGCAAAGCAGUAUGUGUCACUUAAUGUGACAACCAAUCAGGCAGCACCCUCCCCGGUGAGUGUGGUGAGAAAAGAUCAUACGGGAAAGAGCAGCAUUGCUAUUUCUUGGGCAGAGCCUGAUCGCCCCAACGGUAUCAUCCUGGAGUACGAGAUCAAGUAUUUUGAAAAGGAGCAGGACUCGAGUUACACUAUUAUUAAAUCCAAGGAGACUGAGAUGGUGGUGGAAGGCCUGAAGCCCUCUUCAGUCUACAUCUUCCAGGUGCGAGCCAGGACCUCAGCGGGCUAUGGCGCAUUCAGCCGACGUUUUGAAUUCCAGACAAGCCCUUACCUAACAGCUACCAGUGAGCGUGCUCAAGCUUCAAUAGUCGUCGUGGCCAUCACGUUGGCUCUGGUCCUGCUGGCAGUAGUCGCUGGAUUCCUGCUCAGUGGACGGCGGUGUGGCUACAGCAAAGCAAAGCAGGAUCCUGAAGAGGAGAAGAUGCACUUCCACAAUGGUCACAUAAAGUUCCCAGGGGUGCGUACCUACAUUGACCCCCUCACCUAUGAAGAUCCCAACCAGGCAGUGCAUGAAUUUACCCAGGAGAUCGACGUCUCGUUCAUAUCCAUAGAGAGGAUCAUCGGAGCUGGGGAGUUUGGCGAGGUGUGCAGCGGACCGUUGAGGCUGCCCGGGAAGAGAGAGAUCCAGGUUGCCAUAAAGACCUUGAAAGCAGGCUACACAGAGCAGCAGAGACGCGACUUCCUGUGGGAGGCAUCAAUCAUGGGCCAGUUUAACCAUCCAAACAUCAUUCGCCUGGAGGGCGUGGUCACAAAGAGCAAGCCAGUGAUGAUCAUCACUGAAUACAUGGAGAAUGGAUCACUGGACACUUUCCUCAAGAAAAAUGAUGGUCAGUUCACCGUAAUCCAGCUGGUUGGUAUGCUGCGUGGCAUUGCAUCUGGCAUGAGAUACCUCUCCGACAUGGGCUAUGUUCACCGUGAUCUUGCAGCUCGUAACAUCCUGGUCAACAGCAACCUUGUUUGUAAAGUGUCUGAUUUUGGCCUGUCCCGAGUCCUGGAAGAUGACCCAGAGGCUGCGUACACCACGCGGGUAAGACUAGGUAUUUGCUUUGUUGGUAAAUGUUCUUACAUUUUGUCACAGGGUGGGAAGAUUCCUAUUCGCUGGACGGCUCCAGAGGGCGAUUGCAUAGCAGGAGUUACUCUGCCAGCUAUUGUGGGAGUAUGGAAUGUCAGUUGGAGGUUGAUGUCAUAUGGAGAGAGGCCAUACUGGGAGAUGUCCAAUCAAGAUGUAAUAAAGGCAGUAGAGGAGAGCUACAGGUUGCCCGGUCCUAUGGACUGUCCUGAGGCUCUGUACCACCUUAUGAUGGACUGCUGGCAACGAGAACGCAGCAACCGGCCCAAGUUUGAUGAGAUUGUCUGCCUACUAGACAAACUCAUUCGCAACCCUAGCUCAUUAAAAAAACUGGUCAAUUCCUCUCACAGGGUUUCAAACCUGUUAGUGGAGCAUGCCAGUGUAGAAGGGGGCUGCAGCACUCGGAGCCAGACCGUAGGGGAGUGGCUCGACUCCAUCAAGAUGGGUCGUUACACUGAGCUUUUUAUGGAAGGAGGUUACUCUUCACUGGAGACGGUGGCUCAGAUGACAUCAGAGGAUUUGCGAAGAGUAGGAGUAAACCUGGCUGGACAUCAGAAAAAAAUCAUCACUAGCAUUCAGGAGAUGAGAGUCCAUAUGAACAACACCAACUCUACUAUAAACAUCUAAUGCAUAUGUACAGGCACACGCACACACACACAUACACACAUAUAAACAUACACACAAUAUAUGGACCUAGUAUGUGACGAAAAGACUCGGAUUUGCUGUUGGACCUAGAGCGGCUAAGCACUUUCUAUGGACAAGGAAACCCAGUGUUUAUGGAUCUAAACUGGGGGGCCCACAUUUUUGUGGUUCUUUGUGUGUGCAGUUUGCUUGUGGUGUCAUUGGGGCAAUUUGACAUUGCAGCACUAAAACCAAACUGAACUCAACUGAGUGUUGCUACAUGAAGGGAAUAUGAUGGUGAGCUUAACUGAACUGGACUCAAGUGAAGACUUUUCAUUCUAUUUAUUCCAUUUCUGUGAAUCUUGGGGAUUCUGAUAUCUCUGUGCACUGUUUGGAUUCUCUCAGAUCAAAAUGAAACAUCGACUGCAGAUCUGGCUCUGAGAGCAACCAGCACUUUUUUUUGGCUGUAUCACAAUUAUGGGAGUUUCAUGCAGUGGGCUCAAACUGAACUUCUUCAGCCUGUCUCAGGUGAUCUGAACCCAGUGGAUCUGAACAGUACUGACUUUUUUCUCUUGCAAUUUUCUCUGGAAUUACAGUUCCAUGAUAAUUAAUUGAAUUGAACGGCAUUCUCAGGCAGGGUAAACAUGUAAUUAUGGACCAAGAGCAAAGUCUUCAUUCAUUUUAGUCUUUGCUAUGCCAUGCUGAUGUGCUUUGGAUUUAGUUGAUGACCGUUUGGCAAGUCCUCAAGUGACACUACUGCCAUUGUAAUCCAGCUGUACUGCUCACGGUCCAAACUCGCAUUCGACAUCAUAUACUUCAUCAUCAUCCAAAGCAAUUCAAGACAGGAGUACAUGUUGCAAGAGUCAUUGUUUAGAGAGGCUGAAUUUUAAAAUACAGCAGUCAGUGACAAGGAAACCUUCUGGGUCUCGCUUUUCCAGAAGAGUUCUUCUUAUUAAGGUCUUAUUGAACCUACAAAAGAAAAGUGUGAAAAGUUACAAGGCUUUAGGCAUUAGGAUACUCUCUAUAUCUGUUAUUCUGGCUGAAUGUAUAGCACUACACUAUUACAUAGAACACAGCGCUCAGUUGCAGCAUCAACCUGUUAUGUUUGAUAUAUAAAUGCUGUCAAGUAGGGAUAGAAUGUGGAAAUAGAACCAUUCUUGUCCUUAAAACCAGCCUCUCAAUGAAGCUGCAGAUUGUGUAAGAGAUUCAGCUUUCCAUCAUGUUUGCUUUGAAAAUCUGCAGGAAUCUCCACUGAGAUCUUGAUUGGUUCCUACAGAAUUGAGCUCAAGUCCUAAACCAUCCAGAUUCUAAUUGAGAGUUGCUUCAUAUAGUGGAUACAUACAUGUUUUAGUGGAACUUUCAGUUUCCCUGUAACCUUCGCCUAGGUUCUAGCGACAACAUCGCACAUGCAAAUCAGUAACACAGCUUCAAUCAGAGUCUAUCAGGACUAUUUACUGGAACUUUUGAUCAGACACAAAUAGAUUCUUCACCCAUAUUCUGAUGAACCCUCAUGCAGUUUCUACGUCGGACAUUCAAAUGGAAGUCACACAGGAAAUGUCACAUCAUGUUCAAAGGCACUUCCAGUAGGAUUUAGCUCGAACAUUCAGUCCAGUGGAAAUAUCAUUCAUGGAAAUUCAGUCGAACCUGAUGGAACAGUUGUUUGUGUAAAAAUGGAACUGCCAUUUAGAUACUCCUGGAAAGGAUCUCCCAGAUCCUAGUGGGACUGUUUACUGAUCUUGUAAUGGAAUUUCUACUAGAAUCCCGAUGCAGCCUUCACUCAAGAGUACACUCAGAUUUUCAUGGAGCCUUCACUUAGAACCAACAACCUUCAGGUACUGCAGAAAACCCUCAGCAAUCUGUUCAGUCCACCAGUCUACACCACACGUCUGCCACACCACAAUAAACCUCACUCUUACAGGACUGCUGAAAAUAAGGAGGCAAUAUUGAUCAACUUGAUAAUCAUUUAUUUAUUUAUACUUGUUUAAAAAAAAUGAGCAAAAAUUAUGUAGACAGUUUGUGUUUCAUCAUAAUACUCUCUCUUGGACUACUGAGCAGCUCUGCCUACAUGUCUUUCAUGUAUAUAAUGUAUUAUAUAUUUAAAGCAGGGAGCUUUGUUCUACUGUCUACCAUCAUGUGGACAAGUUGGUAUUGAUCAAGCAUCUCAGAGUAGUACACAUUAGUAAAUAGUGACAAAUAUUCUAAAUCAGCAUUCCUGCUACGUAGACCUGGGCCAAUGUCAGGUGGGGGCAACCAGCACAUCUGUCCUCACAUAAGGGUGCCCUAAAGGGUAUGCAGAAUUAUCAGAUAUUCAUGUUAUGUUGUUGGUGAUUGUGUUUCAUUUCAA